GUGGCUCCCUCUCCUCGAUCCCCCCCCCAACACACACACACACACACAGCCGCCAUGCUGCAGGAGCUCAACGAGCUGCUGGACGCCGCCCCGCAGCGCCCGGACACGGGUAAAUUCACGCUGCUGCGAGACGGCGGAACGGAUGGCAGCUUCCUGGUGCACCACUUCCUCUCCUUCUACCUCAGAGCUGGCUGUAAGGUUUGCUUCCUGGCCCUGGUCCAGUCCUUCAGUCACUAUAACAUCGUGGCGAAGAAGCUGGGAGUCAGCCUGACAGCUGCCAAGGAACGGGGACAGCUUGUCUUCUUGGAAGGCCUCAAGUCCUGCCUUGACCUCGUGUUUGGGGAGGAGGAGCAGUCAGGACAGCCCAGUCCUCUUCAGUUUAUAAGUGGGAGCGUUUCCAACCUCAAAGACCUGUUUGACUUUGUCCGGACGUCCCUGAUGCCCACUGACAACGACUGCUGGAAGGGCCGGGUGCUGCUGGUGGAUGAUCUCAGCGUGCUGCUCAGCCUGGGUGCUGCACCAGUGGAUGUGCUGGACUUCAUCCACUACUGCAGAAUGGUGGUGUGCUCUCAGCUCAAGGGGAACAUCGUGGUGCUGGUUCAUGGCAGUGAGGAUUCAGAAGAUGAGGAGAACAAGCUGCUGGUGACCUCCCUGUGUCAUCACAGCAACCUGAUCCUGUGGGUGGAGGGGCUGGCGACUGGCUUCUGCAAGGAUGUUCAUGGGGAGAUUAAAAUAAUUAAGAGACUGUCCUUGGAGUCAACGGAGCAGGAUGUCACCCAGGUCUACCAGUACAAGAUCCAGGACAAGAACGUCACCUUUUUUGCUAGGGGGCUGUCAGCUGCUGUGCUGUGAUGUGGUGACACCACACAGAGCUGUGAGAGCACCACAGAGCAAGGAGAACUGAUGGAUUGGAACCUAUAGAUCGGUACCUAUAGAUCAGACGUGCUGCAAAACCUGCUUGCUUCCUCAGUGCCUUCCACAGAAUCACAGAAUGACCCGGGUUGAAGGGACCUCAAGGAUCAUGUAGUUCCAACCCCCUGCCUGGCAGGGCCACCAAACAUACACCUUUACUAGAUCAGGUUGCCCAGGGCCCCGUCCGACCUGGCCUUGAACACCUCCAAGGACGGGGCAUCCACAACCUCCCUGGGCAGCCUGUUCCAGGGCCUAACCACUCUCCUUCCAGGAGCUGUGCAGCAAUCUGGCCUAAGAGGGAAGCUUAAAAGCAUCUCACACUGCAUGCAGACAAGGGCAUCAGCCCUUUGUCAUCCCAGCACACAAGGCCACAAAGCACAGCUCCAAUUGACACGGCUGCCCCUCGGAGCGUGCAGGUACAAGCAGGGGCCAUGCCCUGAGGGCUGGGCACACCUCACCUUUUCCGGUUGUGUAUGGCUGCCCCACCCUGGCAUUUAAAGAGAUGACACAGAGCGGGUGGAGGCGGGGAUGGCUUGGGAACGUGUUGCAAUCCUUACCUUUCUCCCAGCUCUGCCACGGGAGAGAUUUGCUCAACUCCCAGCUGACACAGAAUGAAACAAGACGCAGCUCUGUGUGGAGCUGCUCUCCUGGCUGAUGUAAGACUUGCAGGCCGCCUUGCUCAGGUGCUUCUUUGCUCUUUGUUACUUUCCCCCUUUAAUAUACAAUACAACCCCUGUG